AUGUUCGGCUCCACGAGAUGCACCGUAAAUCGCGGUGGCUUCGCUUCCAUCCCACUCCUCGCUAAUCUCCUCCUUGCCCUCGUUGCGAUAUCGGGCUUUAGUCUUGCCGACCAGGUUGUCUCGCCCCAGGACAAUGGGAACCUCCUCAGCAGAUCCGGCCUUGUUCUGAGGACCACGGAUGAAGUGCAGCCUAUUUCCGUGCCCAUCACUCAAUGGGUCGGGAGCUCGGAGGAGAAUUCGCUCAAGGUUUUCAUCUCGCCCCCCCCCCCCCCCUCCACCCUUGCCCUCUCUGACACUCUUAUGCGCUUAUCAUACGUAUUAUUAUUACUGCUAUAGCCUUCCUCUUCCCUCCCUCCCUUUUUGCUUUUCCCGUUCCAUACUGCCGGGCUGUGCUUUCAUGUCACACCCGUUUCGAGCCCUUUUGACUUACCUCCGCCCGUAUAUAGGAUACCGUGAGGACCGCCACCCUCGCUGGCAAUCUCAAACUCUACGAUUCGAGCUCGAACACAGGGCUCGCCGUUGCCGACUUUGCCUACAUCGACUGUGACGGGGAGAACGCUACCCAGGCCUAUCACAACCUUGUGUGGAACCGGGGUGUGCAGGGCGGAAGCAUACCAUAUGCGGCAAUAUUCUUCACCACGAAGCACGAUUACUGCAAGUGGCAGGGCGCCGAGAACCUUACAUCUCCCUAUAUACUGACCACUCUGGAACGUCGAAAGGCGACCGCUUUCCAGAACUUGCUAUUGACGGCGAAGACCCCUGUGACCGUCAGCCUCUCCUACAACGAAUCCGACGACGGAGCGAUGUCGGAUUCCAGGACCAGUGCGCAUGACAACAACAACAACAACAACAACAACCCCCAGAAUCCCCUCGGGCCAACCCCCUCCACGGGCGUUGCCUUGAUAAUCCUGUAUAGCAUCACCGGUGUCAUCACGGCCCUUUUCCUCCUGAUAAUCGUUACUGGAGCCAUUCGAGCCCAUCGCCAUCCGGAUAGGUAUGGACCCAGGCCGACGGCUCGCUUUGGCAGACCAAGGCAGUCGAGGGCAAAGGGACUUGCGAGGGCUGUUUUGGAUACCCUUCCGAUUGUGAGAUUUGGAGGGGCAAAGGAAGAGGGCGUCAAAUCGGAUGUUGAAUUACAGGAGGCGGCAACACGUGCAUCGGAUAUGGAUGAAUUGGAGCGGUCGACAACCCAAGUACUACCAUCCCACGCUACCCCUGCGUCGGGGGCUCUUGCGGCAGUGCCACAAUCCGACGCACCGGCGUCCGCAACAACGACAACAACGGCAGCAGCAGUAGCAGGAGGGGGAGGGGGAGAAGAGGAUGCGGCUGGUGAAGUGGGAGCGGGGGCAGGAGCGGGAGAAUCCCAGGCAGGGUUUGACGCCGACCAAGUGCGUUGCCCAGUUUGCCAGGAGGAUUUCGAGCAAGGCCAAGACUUGCGUGUGCUUCCUUGCCGUCAUAGGUUUCAUCCAGACUGCAUCGACCCAUGGCUUCUGAAUGUAACAGGCUCAUGUCCAUUGUGGUAAGUAUUUAUCGAUCGUCCCCAGAGAACCCUCCCCCACCCGCUAACUCAUCCCCCACACAACAGCCGUAUAGAUCUCCGCCCUGAGGACCAACGACAGAGCUUCGAGACUCCCCCAUCAGAACCGGACUCCCCCCAAAACCGCCAUUCCCAGGGCUCCGGACCCACCCGUCACAUUGACAACGCACGGCAAGGCCAGACGGGGGAAGAGCGCAUGGAAGCCCUCCGCCAGCUCCGCGAGGAAAACAGGACCAACGGAGGCAGGCACCGAGGUGGCGCCCCGGAACUGGGACUAAGCAGGCUAAGACGCUUCCUGGGAAGACGCAUGGUGCCGGGCCGUGGGCCUAUCGUGGAGAGAAAUGCACCUGCUGGGGGUGGUGAUCCGCCAUCUGGUGCCCCGGCUUCGGCUGUGGUUCCGCCCGGAGGCGGCGCAGCAGCCGUGGGCGACACAAAUAAUCCGAGCGAUGUGGGGGUGAGUGAGAGGAGGGAU